AUGCUGCAGGAGGAUGAUGAUCAUGAAGGGACUCCAAUAGAGGAAGUGGAGGAUAAUCAAGGAAAAGAAAGACAAGAAGGUACAAGGCCACCAGAGAGUAAUACUUCUGUCAUCUUGCCUGUGGAACAAGAGGCAGACUUAUCCCCUAGAAGUGUGCAGAAAUUGAAACAGGCAACAAAUAAGCAAAAACCUGUCAGAAGUACCCGUAUUCCAGUGGCAGGAGUUUCAACAAGGAGGAGCCUAAUGGAACCUUUUCAAGAUCCUAUUGCUAUUGAAGAGUAUAGAAGGAAUUUAGGCUUUCAGAAUUGCAAGGAGAGGGAGGAGUUGUGGGAAGAUAUGGUAGCCUUGGAAAAUCAGCAAGACCUUCCUUGGAUAAUAGGAGGGGAUUUUAAUGUCAUAGUGUCUGAUGAGGAAAAGCAAGGUGGCCAUCCAAUUGAUGUAGGAUUAACUGGAAGUAAAUUCACCUGGUGGAAUGGGAGGACUGAAGACGAUUGCAUAUUCAAAAGGAACACAUAUGGGAAUAUAUUUCAGCAGAUUUCCACUAUUGAAGAUACUAUAAAGGUGAAGGAGUUUCAGUUUAAAAAUAAUGCUUCAAGGGAGAAUAGAAUGUUGUUACAUCAAGCACAGGCUGAACUAACCAGAUUUUUACAUUUGGAGGAAGAGUAUUGGAAGCAGAAAGCUGGUAUGAAAUGGUUCAAUGAUGGAGAUAGAAACACAAAAUUCUUCCAUCCAUAUAUGAAGGGCCGGAGGAAUAAAUUAACUCUGAAAAGAAUACAAGAUCCUUCUGGAGGGGAUUAUGCAUUGCUGAAAAAUCUUCCUAAAUUGAUAACUGAAGAACAGCAAAAGAAUAUGGAAGAGUUGCCAUCUGAAAGUGAAGUAAAGGAAGCUGUGUUUUCACUCAAUGGGGAUAGUGCUAGUGGGCCUGAUGGAUUCACAGGACAGUUUUAUCAGAAGUGUUGGGAGGUUAUCAAGCUGGAUGUGAUUCAAAUGGUUAGAGCUUUCUUUUGUGGAUGUGAGAUACCACAAUUCAUCACACAUACUAAUCUGGUUUUGUUACCAAAGAAGGAGGUGAUUACUACUUUUAGUGAUAUGAGGCCUAUCAGUCUCAGCUCUUUCUCCAACAAGAUACUGUCAAAAAUACUGCAGAAUAGAUUGGCAAAGGUUCUUCCUAAUAUUAUUUCUCACAAUCAGACAAGAUUUGUGAAAGGAAGGAGCAUUGCAGAAAACAUAUUACUGGCACAGGAGAUCAUCAGAGAUAUUAACUUGAAAGCUAAACAUACUAAUGUAGUGAUCAAAUUAGACAUGGCAAAGGAAUAUGAUAGACUUUCCUGGAUUUGUUUGACUAAAGUAUUGAGACAGUUUGGGUUUGGAGAGGGGGUAAAACAAGGUGAUCCACUUUCUCCUACCUUGUUCAUUAUAGCAGCAGAGGUCUUAACAAGGAGUCUGAAUAAGUUACAUGAGAAGCCAAGUUUCAUAGGCUAUGGAAUGCCAAAAUGGAGUCCUCAAAUCAAUCAUCUAUUAUAUGCUGAUGACACAAUAUUAUUCUGUUCUGGGGAUGGAUAUUCUUUAAAGAAAAUGAUGAGGAGAUUGAGGAAUUAUGAGGAGUCUUCAGGACAGCUGGUCAAUACUGAUAAAAGCUGUUACUAUUUUCAUCACAAGGUUUCAGCCAGAGUUAAUAGCAGGAUUAAAAGACAUACUAAGAUGAGAAAUGGAUCCUUUCCUUUCACAUAUUUAGGUUGUCCAGUGUUUUAUGGAAGAAGGAAAUUGAUAUAUUAUGAGGAUCUGAUCAAAAAAGUGAUGAAAAGGAUUCUAUCUUGGCAAAACAGGCUGUUAUCUUUUGGAGGUAGAUAUGUGCUGGUCAAUCAUGUGUUGCAAACCAUGCCAGUAUAUUUACUAUCAGCCAUGAAUCCUCCUUCUGGGGUGAUAAAGCAACUGCACAAGAUCUUUGCCAAAUUCUUUUGGAGCAAUACAGUAGGGGUGAAAAGCAAACAUUGGGUGGCAUGGGACAAAUUAUGUCUACCAAAAGAUGAAGGAGGCAUUGGUCUUAGAUCACUAACUGAUAUAUCUAAGGCUUUAUUUGCUAAGUUGUGGUGGAACUUCAGAUGUGGAAGAAGCUUAUGGGGUAGCUACAUGUUGAAUAAAUACUGCCAGAAAUGGCAUCCUAUUAUGGCAGUAGAGAGAGGAGGAUCUCACACAUGGAAGAAGAUGACAAGGCUUGGAGCAUUAUAUUAUAUUAUUCCUGAUGCUGCUAGAGAAGAAGAAAUAGAGGUUAGACAGUUUGUGCAGAAUGGGGAAUGGAACAUGGAACUGUUAACAGUCACUCUAGAUCAGGAAUUGGCUCAGCAUAUCAAAGAAAAUAUCAAAGUGCCAGUUGAAGAAGAGGAUGAUGAACCAUGUUGGAUGCUGGAAACAAAUGGAAAAUUCUCAGUUAAAUCUGCAUGGGAGUUUCUCAGACACAGAGAGAGCAAACAAAUAAGUUAUAAGUUCAUGUGGGAGAAAGGGCUGCCAAUAAAGAUAAGUUUUUUCAUGUGGAGAGUGUGGAAAGGGAGAAUCUCUACAAAUGAUAUAUUAAAAAGGAUGAUGAUCAAUAUACCAUCAAGAUGCUGGUACCCCACAGAUGGAGUUGGUCUACAUCAAAUGAUCAUGGCAUGGUGGUCUACUGAGACAAAGCCAAAAUUGCAGCCUAUAUAUAGAGCAAUGCCUGCAGUGAUAUGUGGUCAUUAUGGAAGAGAAGAAACUCCAUUAAACAUGGAGGAUCAGUGUCCUUCUACAGACUGA